GGGCGGCGCCUGCGCAGCGCCGUGCCCGCUCUGCCCGUUAGCCGCUAUGUGCAGGGAAUAACGUUGCCGCGGUUGCCGGAGGAACGCGGAACGGAACGUCCCGCCCCGCCCCGCUCUGCGGGGCCGCCGGUUCAACGAGCACCCGGCACCACUACUACCAGCAGCGGGUCGACCCCGCGGCGCGGAGAGCCUCCUUGGAGGGGAUGACGUAGCUUUGCCAAGGAUUUAUCAGCUAAGCAGAAAAUGAGCUUAACAUCCUGGUUUUUGGUGAGCAGUGGAGGCACCCGCCAUCGGCUGCCACGGGAAAUGAUUUUUGUUGGAAGAGAUGACUGUGAGCUGAUGUUACAGUCACGAAGUGUGGACAAGCAACAUGCUGUACUUAACUAUGAACCUUCUACAGAUGAACACUUAGUGAAGGAUUUAGGUAGCUUGAAUGGGACAUUUGUAAACGAUGUGAGGAUUCCAGAACAGACAUACAUCACUCUGAAAUUAGAAGAUAAACUGAGAUUUGGAUAUGAUACUAAUCUUUUUACUGUUGUCAGAGGAGAGAUGAGAGUCCCUGAAGAAGCUCUUAAGCAUGAAAAAUUUACAAGCCAGCUCCAGUUAUCCCAGAAAUCUUCAGAGGCAGAAGGGUCAAAGCAAACCAUCUCCAAAAGCUCAGAGUCCAAAGAAACAGAGUCCACAGCUGAAGUGCACCACAAGACUACUGAAGCACUGAAAUCUGAAGAGAAAUCCAUAGAUCUUUCUACCAUGCCUCGUGGUACACCUUUAUAUGGACAGCCAGCCUGGUGGGGUGAGGAUGAAGCUGAUGAAAAAGGUGGUUGUAAACCAGAUAGCAAAGGUGAAGAAAAAAUGCAUGAGACGGCAGCUUCAGGAUGCAGCACAGAUGCCAAGCAAGCUGAGGAGCAAUCUGCAGCUGCAAGUGAAGAACUUUAUCCUUUCUGUAGGGAGCCAAGUUAUUUUGAAAUUCCUACAAAAGAAUUCCAGCAAACUUCACAGGUAGCAGAGAGCGCUAUUCAUGAAAUUCCAACAAAAGACACCCAAAGUUCCCAUGCAGCAAGCGCAGGACAUGCUUCCUUUACCAUUGAGUUUGAUGACAACACACCAGGGAAAGUAACAAUCAAAGAUCACGUGACAAAAUUCACGUCUGAGCAGCGCCACAAAUCAAAGAAGCCUUCUUCCUCCAGUGGUCAGGACCUGCCUGGGCUUCAGACUGUGAUGAUGGCCGCAGAGAGCAAGGUAGCAGAUUGGCUAGCACAGAACAAUCCUCCUAGAAUGAUCUGGGAUCCAACAGAGGAGGAUUCCAAAAGUAUUAAGAGUGACGUUCCAGUCUACUUGAAGAGACUGAAAGGGAAUAAGCAUGAUGAUGGUACACAGAGUGAUUCAGAAAAUGCUGGUGCCCACCGGCAUUACAGUAAGCGGGCAGCACUUGAAGAACACUUGAGGCACCACCAUGCAGAGUUGAAAAAGUCGCACCAGAAAGUCCAUUCCACAGAAAAGCAGCAAGAGCAAGCUGGUGUGAAUCAGACUGCUUUUAUGAUUGAGUUUUUUGAUGAGGACCAUCCUCGAAAGAGGCGUUCUUACUCUUUUUCUCAGAAUGUAGGAGCUCUGUGCUCAGAAUCCCCAUCUCCAACACCUCACGUGCGAGCUGAAAGAGCAAAACCUACAUCAGGAGAGAAAGCUGCCCCUUCCUGUGUGCAAGGUAGUUCAUCACAUCAUAGAGCAGCACACAGUGUUCAUGCAAAACUUUUAAAACAAAGAUCAGAAGAUCCCUCUGCUGCUUUACCUGUCUUUCAAGCUGCGUUGUUAAGGAGUUCAGGAAGCCUUGGCCAUAGGCCUAGUCAGAACCAGGAGAUGGACAAAAAGUUGAAAAGCCAACAUAUUUCUGCUGCUACUGAGAAGGACAAUGAGGAUGACCAGAGUGACAAAGGUACUUACACUAUUGAGUUGGAAAAUCCCAAUUCUGAAGAAAUGGAAGCCCGUAAAAUGAUUGACAAGGUAUUUGGAGUGGAUGACAGCCAGGAUUAUAAUAGGCCUGUUAUCAACGAGAACCAGAAAGAUUUAGUAAAAGAUUGGGCUAUAAAUUCUACUACAGUAGUGCUGGAAGAAAAAAGACCACAGAGUACAACUGGAUUUCUUGACACAGAGGAAGGUUCUACUGCACCUGGAAGUAAACGUUGGGUAUCACAGUGGGCUAGUUUGGCUGCCAAUCACACACGUCAUGACCCAGAUGAUAUCAGAUUGGAGUCACCUGUUCCUGCUGCUUUAGAGAACGACACAGAUAUCAGUGAAUCUGGUAUUUCCAUCAGAAGUACCGGUUCAGCUACUUCUGUGACCAGCCAAGGUGAGCGGAAGAGAAGGACGCUUCCACAACUUCCCAAGGAUGAGAAAAUGAGUGAAAGCUCCAGAACAAAAACUGCAUCUCAUCAGAGAUCAGAAAUAGGUGAAAAGCAGGACACUGAACUUCAAGAGAAAGAAACUCCAGCUCGUGCCUCAGAUACUGGCAGCAGAAGUAUAGCUAAGUCAAGCAGAACUGUGAAUGGUCUUUCACCCAAAGCAACGGGAGAAAAGGUUUUCUCUUUCCCUAGUUCUUCCAGUAAAGAGAGAGCUGAAACUGGCAGAGAAACUUCUGUGGUGAAACAAGCUCUAGCGAAAAUUCAACAAGAACGAAAGGAGCAAGGACACUGGACACCCACAAAAUGUGCUACAAACCUAGUUGAGAAAGAUAAGGAGGAGAUUGCUGUGUCACGCAAAACUUUGGAUAAUCCGGACAAAGCUCCUGGACAUGAUAAAGCAGCAAUGAAGUUAGCACAAAGUGAGGGAAAAAGAAGAAGAAAUGAGGAAAGUAUUAAAGGACAAAGUCCUAAAGCAUCAGGAGAAAAAAAGGAAUCUUCAAAACCUUUGGUGAGGCAAGGCAGCUUUACUAUAGAUAAGCCUAGCACAAAUAUACCAAUAGAGCUUAUUCCUCACAUUAAUAAGCAAAGUGGAUCUGCUGCCCCCUUAGCAUCUGCAAACAGAGUACGUGACAGAAGUGAUUCAAUGGACACUGAUUCCAGUCUAGAUACAACACUCAUUUUAAAAGACACUGAAGCUGUAAUGGCUUUCCUUGAAGCUAAACUGCGUGAGGAAAAUAAAACUGAUGAAGGUCCUGAGACUCCUAGCUAUAACAGAGAUAAUUCCAUAUCACCAGAAUCAGAUGUAGAUACAGCCAGCACAAUCAGUCUUGUUACUGGUGACAGUGAAAGGAAAUCCACACAAAAACGAAAGAGCUUUACAACCUUAUGUAAAGAUAGAUGUUCCUCUGGUUCCCCUUCUAAGGAUGUUGUAAAAUCCUCUGCAGCAAGUGCCAGAGAAAAGAUGGAAAAGAAAACUAAAAGUCGAUCUUCAGAUGGUGGAUCUAGAGCUGAUGCUCGCAAAUCUGUGCAAUCCAGUGGAAGAAUGAGACAACCAUCAGUAGACUUGACAGAUGAUGACCAAACAUCUAGCGUACCUCAUUCUGCCAUUUCCGAUAUCUUAUCAUCUGACCAGGAAACCUACUCUGGCAAAUCACAUGGAAGAGUUCCUUUUGCCUCAGCAGAUGAACUUUUGCAUUCUAAAAUGGAAGGAAAGUCAGCUAAAUCAAAAAGCUCUCCUGUCGUACUUGGACAAUCUAGUAAAUCUACCACUCUUCCAAGACCUCGUCCUACAAGGACUUCUCUCCUGCGCAGAGCACGACUUGGUGAAGCCUCAGACAGCGAGCUUGCUGAUGCCGAUAAAGCUUCAGUCGCUUCUGAAGUGUCCACUACAAGUUCUACGUCAAAACCUCCAUCAGGGAGGAGGAGUAUUUCCAGAAUAGACUUACUUGCUCAACCCCGCAGAACUCGACUUGGCUCUUUAUCAGCACGUAGUGAUUCUGAAGCGACAAUAACCAGAAGCACUGCUUCAUCUCGUACUCCAGAAGCUAUUAUCAGAAGUGCAAGGCUGACAUUAGCAGGAGAAAGUAAAGUUUCUGCUAGAACUCGAGCCAAUAGCAUUUCUCGACUUUCAGAUUCAAAAUCCAAAUCUUUGGCUUCAGCUCAUAAUUCUCCCUCAGUAAGUGCAAGAUGGAGGCGCUUUCCUACAGAUUAUGCUUCCACCUCAGAAGAUGAAUUUGGAUCAAACCGUAACUCUCCUAAACAUACCCGUCUACGUACCUCUCCAGCCCUGAAAACCACACGACUGCAGAGCACGGGGACAGCAACUCAAAGUAGCAAUGCUUUCAAGCACAGAAUAAAAGAACAGGAAGAUUACAUACGUGAUUGGACUGCUCACCGAGAAGAAAUAGCAAGGAUCAGUCAAGAUCUGGCUCUCAUCGCACGGGAAAUCAACGAUGUAGCAGGAGAAAUAGAUUCAGUGACUUCAUCAGGCACUGCCCCCAGUACCACAGUAAGCACUGCUGCCACCACCCCUGGCUCUGCCAUAGACACUAGAGAAGAGGUAGGAGAUCUUCAUGGAGAAAUGCAUAAGUUGGUUGACCGAGUAUUUGAUGAAAGUCUCAAUUUUAGAAAAAUCCCUCCACUAGUGCACACCAAACCACCAGAGGGGAACGGUCAGCCUAAUGAUGCCAGACCUCAGCUGCCAGAUGCCAUGGAUCCCCCAACAAUUACCCGAAGAAGGACUUGGAGCAGAGAUGAAGUUAUGGGGGAUAGUUUGCUGUUGUCCUCAGUCUUCCAGUUUUCUCGCAAAAUAAGACAAUCCAUAGACAAAACAGCUGGCAAAAUCAGAAUAUUAUUUAAGGACAAAGACAGAAAUUGGGAUGAAAUUGAAAACAAGUUACGAGCAGAAAGUGAAGUUCCUAUUGUGAAAACAUCAAGUAUGGAAAUAUCAUCAAUCUUACAGGAACUAAAACGAGUUGAGAAACAGCUCCAAGCUAUUAAUGCUAUGAUUGACCCCGAUGGCACCUUGGAUGCUCUGAGCAACUUGGGAUUUGCCGGCCCCAUCGUGCCAGCUCAGCCGAAGCAGAAGGCCAGUCCUGUUUCCCAGAGUGCCCGUCCCCAGGUGCAGCCAAACUGCCAGCCCGAGGCGCGGGCUGCCCGCCCUGCUGCCGGCCCUGCUGCCGCUGAACUGGGGACUGCUGAAUCUGAGCCAGAUUUCAGCAUACAUUUCAAUAGGUUUAACCCAGACGGCGAAGAGGAAGGUGCCACUCUGCAUGAAUGACAUCUCGCUGUUGGUAAUAACACCCUUUGUGUGGAAUGUCUAGAAAUGGAAGGAUUACAAUCUCGGUUUUAUAAUUAAAAAAAAAAAAACAAAAA